AUGCCGGUGGGGGGCCUGUUGCCGCUGUUCGGCGGCCCCGCGGGCGCCGGCGGCCUGGGCGGGGGGCUCGGCGGCGUUGGCAGCGGCGGUAGCGGCGGCGGCGGCGGCAGGAAGGGGUCGGGCCCCUCCGCCUUCCGCCUGACGGAGAAGUUCGUGCUGCUGCUGGUGUUCAGCGCCUUCAUCACGCUGUGCUUCGGGGCGAUCUUCUUCCUGCCCGACUCCUCCAAGCUGCUCAGCGGGGUGCUGUUCCACGCCAGCCCCGCCCUGCAGCCGCCCGCCGACCGCAAGCCCGGGCCCGGGGCGCGCGCCGGCGGCGAGGGGGGCGCCCCCGGGGACCCCGGCGCCGGCCUGGAGGACAACCUGGCCCGGAUCCGCGAGAACCACGAGCGGGCGCUCCGGGAAGCCAAGGAGACGCUGCAGAAGCAGCCCGAGGAGAUCCAGAGGGACAUCCUGCUGGAGAAGGAGAAGGUGGCCCAGGACCAGCUGCGGGACCGGGCGGGGUACCGCGGGCUGCCCCCCGUGCGCUUCGUGCCGCCCAUCGGGACUGUGGACCGGGAGCCGGCCGACGCCGCCGUCCGAGAGAAGAGGGCGAAGAUCAAGGAGAUGAUGAAACAUGCGUGGUAUAACUAUAAAAAGUAUGCCUGGGGAUUAAAUGAACUGAAACCCGUAUCAAAAGGAGGCCAUUCGAGCAGUUUGUUUGGCAGUAUCAAAGGAGCAACAAUAGUAGAUGCCCUGGACACACUUUUUAUUAUGGGAAUGAAAAAUGAAUUUGAACAGGCAAAAUCAUGGGUUGAAGAAAAUCUAGAUUUUAAUGUGAAUGCUGAAGUUUCUGUUUUUGAAGUUAAUAUACGCUUUGUUGGUGGACUACUCUCAGCCUACUAUCUGUCUGGAGAAGAGAUAUUUCGAGAGAAAGCAGUGGAACUUGGGGUAAAAUUGCUACCUGCGUUUAAUACUCCCUCUGGAAUACCUUGGGCAUUGCUGAAUAUAAAAAGUGGGAUUGGAAGGAACUGGCCCUGGGCCUCGGGUGGCAGCAGCAUUCUGGCCGAAUUUGGGACCCUGCAUUUGGAAUUCAUGCACCUAAGCCAAUUGUCAGGAGACCCCGUCUUUGCUGAAAAGGUAAUGAAUAUCCGAACAGUACUGAACAAACUGGUUAAACCACAAGGCCUUUAUCCUAACUAUCUGAAUCCCAGUAGUGGACAGUGGGGUCAAUAUCAUGUAUCAGUUGGAGGACUCGGAGACAGCUUUUAUGAAUAUUUGCUAAAGGCAUGGUUAAUGUCUGACAAGACAGAUCUGGAAGCUAAGCAGAUGUAUUUUGAUGCUGUUCAGGCAAUCGAGACUCACUUGAUCCGCAAGUCCAGCAGGGGGCUGACGUACAUCGCCGAGUGGAAAGGCGGCCUCCUGGAGCACAAGAUGGGCCACCUGACCUGCUUUGCCGGGGGCAUGUUUGCCCUGGGGGCAGACGAUGCCCCGGAGGGCCUGACCCAGCACUACCUUCAGCUCGGAGCUGAGAUUGCCCGUACCUGCCAUGAAUCCUACAACCGCACAUUUGUGAAACUGGGACCAGAAGCUUUCAGAUUCGACGGUGGUGUUGAGGCCAUUGCUACAAGGCAAAAUGAAAAAUACUACAUCCUACGGCCAGAGGUUGUGGAGACUUACAUGUACAUGUGGCGACUGACUCAUGAUCCAAAGUACAGGAAAUGGGCCUGGGAAGCUGUAGAGGCUCUGGAGAAUCACUGCAGGGUGAGCGGGGGUUACUCGGGCCUCAGGGAUGUUUACCUCAAUCAUGACAGCUAUGAUGACGUGCAGCAGAGCUUCUUCCUGGCGGAGACACUAAAAUAUUUGUACUUAAUAUUUUCUGACGACGAUCUACUUCCGUUGGAACAUUGGAUCUUCAACACUGAGGCCCAUGUCCUCCCUAAGCUCUGCACCAAUGAAAAAGAAGUGGAAGUCAAUGGAUAA